AUCAUUUAUUGACAGAGUUUGGACUUUUGCAUCACAAGGCAGACCGUGAAAAGAAGACUUCCACAGAGCUUUAUUUUAUACAAGAAGCUUUAAAAUGGUAUCUAAAAAGGCUUUGGCCAUCGGGGGUACUGUCACUGUCGUGGUUGUCGUGGUUAUUGUUGUUCCUUCGGUACUUCUGACUCAAAAAGCCGAGUUCAGGGAAACAUUCAUGAAGAAGUGUUUGGAGUUUCCAGAGGAAAAACACAUCUGUGAAACUAUUUGGACUAACUUUGAACAGGCCUACGUAGGAAAGGAGAAAUGUAACUUUUCUGACCAAAACUAUGAUAAACUCUUGGCUGAGACCCCCUUCAAGCAUCCAUGUGGCAAAACGAUGUUCUGGAGCAAAACGAAGGAUUUGGUCCAUAAGUUCACCAAGAAGAGAGAUUGCUUCUUCACCUUGGAGGACACUUUGUUGGGAUAUGUGCUGAAUGGACUGAGCUGGUGUGGGGAAAAGGGAAACAAUGAAACAUUCACUGAGAAUUGUGAGGACUGCCUGCCCAACCCUGUUAGCUCAUUCUGGAAAAUAGCCUCAACCAGGUUUGCACAAUAUGCCUGUGAGGGAGCAUCAGUAAUGCUUGAUGGUGAGAGAAAAGAGCCAUACGAUUCUAACAGUUUCUUUGGAGGUGUAGAGGUUCCAAAUCUUCAACCACCCAGAGUAAAGAACCUCACUGUGGUUCUGGUCACUGAGGAGAUUAGGAACUGUACCUGUGAAUCCCUCGGGACUUUAAGGAAGGACCUGGAUCAAAGAAUAGGUUGUGCCUGCAAAGCAGUGACUAAAUCACGUGUGGAGACGUGCAUAGAAGACAACACGCCAUGUGGAGCCUGCUGGUGAAGGCCUAAAUGUGAAACUACAAUGUUAGCCAAAAACAAUAUGAAAAAGGAGAUGUAAUUAAAUAAUUUUUUCAUUCCUACAAAAUUUAUUAAAGUGCUAUUAUAUGUCUUGUAGAUUCAGUUUUUGGGUGUUCACGAUCCAUGUAUGUCUCAAAAUCUUUUAAAAAUAUAUAUUUCUCUUUCUUUUUAUGAAUAAUUCUUCCUUUGACUGUUCAACUGAUGAUCUCACUUCUGAUUUUGUGGCAUUGAAAUAUUUCAAUAAAAGUGUCUUAUGAAA